AUGUACGAUUCUUGUUAUGAUAACAAUUAUCUACAUAAUUUUGAAUAUAAUUUAAUUAAGUCAUAUGACACUAUUAAGAAAAUACCACAUAAAAGGGAUAAUGUUAACAUUGAUAAAGAUGAUGAUGGUGAUGAUGAUAAUGAUAAUGAUGAUAUAUAUAUACACACCAAGAAUAUAGAUAAUUUAUGUUUGAAAAAGAAGAUAUAUUUGUUAGGUUUAAAUUAUGAUGAAUAUAUUUUAUUAAGAGGUAGUUUUCGUUUUCGAGUUAUAAAAGGGUUAAUUAAAUUUAAUGGGGAAAUAAUAAAGCCUUCCUAUGAAUAUAGGAACGUAUUAAUACCUCAUUUUUAUCCUUUAUUUAAAUUGAUAGCUUUAAAUGUUAAUAAUGUAAAGUAUAAGGAUAAAAAAUUUAUAUAUGAUGAUGUGGGUUUGGUAAGUGUUGAUGAGGGGAAAAAAAGAUCAAGUGGUGCUUUGAGUAUUUUUGGACUUAUAAGAAAGAGUAGUAAUGAUAAUAAUAAAAAUAAAAAUAAUAAUGAUAAUAAUAAAAAUAAAAAUAGUAAUGAUAAUAAUCAAAAUAAUAAUGAUAAUGACAAUAGUAAUAAUAUUUCAAGUAAUAGUAUCCAUGGAAGUCAUAACAAUAUUGUUAUUUUAAAUAAUAAUGAUAAUAUUAAUACUAUUAAUAUUAAUUCAAAUAAAGAAAAUGUAAAAGCUAACGAUUUUGAUGUUCCCUUAAAAGAUAACGAUUGCAUAUAUGAAUGUGCUCAUACUAUUUUAAAGAAUUAUUUAUUUGGAUUAAAUUUAUUACCUGAAGAUAAUUUCAAAAGAAAUAAUUUUUAUGAAUAUAUUAUACAUUGUGAUAAAGAAGAUGUAGCUGGUUAUUCAAGUUGUUAUAUGAUAAAUACUAUGAAAUUAAGUUUAUAUUUCGAAAAAUAUCCUAUUAUAAUUGCUUUUGAAAAAAAGAAAGACUUUUUAUAUUAUUUAUAUAAUAAUAAUAAUGGUCCUACCAAAUUAAAUUUAUCAAAUUUCAAACAAAAUAAUACACUAUAUAUUGAUACAUAUCAAUUUUCAUAUAUAUUAAAAGAGUUUUUAUUAUAUAUAUAUAAUAAGAAAACAUAUAAGAUAGAAAAUGUUAUUAAAAAAGUAGAGGAUGUUGAUAAAACAUUGAAUAAUUAUUAUUUAUUGAAUGAUGUAGAAACAAAAAGUGAUACAUAUAUAAAUGAAACUAUUUCAAAAGACGUCAAUUAUCAUAUUGAUAAAGAUGGUGUUGUUAGAAUGUGUGAUCCUGGAAAUUGUAAUGCUCGAAGUAAUUUAAAUAAAGAUACAAAAUAUAUGAAUGAAGAAGAAGUGGAAAAUGUUGGUGUUAAAAAUAAAAUAUAUAAAAUAGAUAAGCAUGAAUGGUGGAAUAAUUUUAAAAUAAAUAAAGGUAAAGAAAAUAUUUUUGAAAUAUCAUGUGUUGAAGAAUCCAAAUAUGAAAUAGAUGAGAAUAUGAAUUGUGUUGAAACAAAAGAAAAGGAUAAGAUUAAAAAAGAUGAUUCAAUAUUUAGUUUAUGGAAUACAUUUAGUAUAUCAAUUAUUGGUGAUAAAGGGAAAGGAAAAAGCUUUUUUGUUAUAAAUUUUAUUAAUAAUUUAUUAAAUUAUUAUAAAGGUGUUAUAUUAAUAGAUAUUGAUGUAGGUCAGCCAAUUAUAGGAUUAAGUGGUUUUUUAUCUAUAUAUAAAAUUAAGUGUCCUAUAAAUAAUUAUAAUUUUUUUUUUGUUGAUAAAAAUAAAUAUAAAUGUAUAAAGAAAAUAUUUUUUGGAAGUUGUUCUGUAAAUGACAAUGUGAAUUAUUUUAUUAAAUGCUUAGAACAUUUAUAUAAUUAUUUAUAUUUUGUAUAUUUAAAAAAGAAAGAAGAAAAAAAGAAUAAGAAGAAAAAAAAUGGCAAAUUUUGUUUUCCUAUAGUUAUUAAUACAUUUGGUUGGAUAAAAAAUAUUGGAUUAUUUUUAUUAAAUUUAAAUAUUUAUUUAAGUAAAUGUAAUUUUCUAAUACAAAUUGAUUCACUAAAAAUCCCUAAAACAUUGAAGAGAAAGAUGAAUAAACAAUAUUUUCAUUCCUAUAUGUUUAAUGAUUUACUUUUAAUAACAGAAGAAGAUAAAGAAAAUACACUUUAUUGUAUUUUAAAUUUGAAUAAUAGGAAGGUAAAUGUUAUUUCUAAAAAAUUUUCUAUAUUUAAUAUUAUAAGUGAAUAUAGUAAAUUAGAUGAAAGUCAUUUUAUAUUUUAUAAUUUUUCCAUGUCUUUUCAAAAUGAGGAAGAAAAAGAAAAUGAAAAAAAAAGAAGGCUUUCUAACGUGUCUUCUUAUACAUCGUCAUCUUCAUUUAAUUCGUAUAAUUUAUCAGGUACGCAUCAAAGGGAUGGUUAUAAUUAUAAUAUGCGCGGAUAUAAAUCUUACGGAAAUUAUGGAAAUUAUGAAAAUUGUGGAAAUUGUGUAAAUCCAAUGAAUAAUACAAAUAAUAUGAAUAAUAUGAAUAAUCAUAAUAAUAUGAUUAAUACUUAUUAUGGUGGUUAUAAAAGUUCUGGAAAUUAUUAUAACAAGAGUUACAAUAGUAAUAAUAAUAAUAACAAUAAUAGUAAUAACUCAUAUUAUGAUAAUAAUGCAUGUAAUUAUUCUAAAAACAUGUUUUUAAAUAAUUGUAGUAAAUCUAAUAUUAUUGGUUAUACAUAUAAUAGAGGAACUAUUGGUUCGUGCCCUGGUUUUAAUAAUAAUAGUGGUAAUAAUAGAAGGACUAAUCCAUGUUCAUUAAUGGAUUAUAUGCAUAAAGCGAAACACUUAAAGUUUGAUGACCAUGUUAUGUUUUCUUCAAAUGUUGAUAGAGAUAAAGGUAACAGUAGAUGUAUUUUAAAUGAAAAUGUGUGUUAUAAUAAUAAAAUAGGAUAUAAUGAAUACCAUAAUAAUAAUUAUUAUAAUGAGAAGAAUCGAAAUGAUAUGUAUCAAUAUAAGGAAACAAAUUAUAAAAAUAUUGAAAAAUAUGACUAUUAUAUGAGUAAGAUGUCUCAUUUUUUCGAUAGGAAUUGUGUUAGGGUAAUAAAUUAUGUUAGUUAUAAAAAAAUUUUAUCUUAUAAUGAUAUGGAAAAAAAAAAAUAUAAAGAUAAAAGUAUAUCUAUUUUACCGAAAAAUCUGAGAGCUUAUAGAUUUUUUUCAUACUUCUUUUAUAAAUUUAAAGAAAUCAUCUUUUAUAUACACAGUUAUUCAUUUUAUGAUGGAUUGAAUGACUUUUUUUUUAAGCACGAAAGUUAUGUUAGAAGUUUUAAUUUUGCUUCUUUAGAUGAAAAUAUUGAAGAAGAGAUAAAAAAUAUGGAUAAGGAUGAUCAAAAUUUAAAAUCUGAAGGAGAAGAAAAGAAUUUAUUAUCACCAUUGAGUAAUAAUGUAAUACAUGAUUUAAUGCCUCUGGAAAGUACCUUGAAGAGUAUUCCAUUAAAUAUAGUUAAUGAUGUGGGUGAUAGAACAUUACAUAUUGAUGUACCUUAUUUGAAUACUGAGGAUGAUACAAAUAGUAUGAAUAAGAAAGUUGACUCUGCAGAAAAUAACAGCAAUAAGAAGAGCAUUACGAAUGAUACCAUGGAUGAUCAUAAUAAAAACAUGAACGAUCAUAAUAAUACAAAUGAUCACAAUAAUAUAAAUGAUCAUAAUAAUAAUAUGGAUUAUCCAUAUGAUAGUGGUGAAAAGAUAAAUAAUACAUAUUAUGAAGAUGAUAAGAUAAAUAAAAAGAAUUGCAUAUAUUCAUGUGUGCUAUUUGAUUUAAGGAAUGUGAAACUAAGUAAUUUACAUUUCAAAAAUGAUUAUUCCGAAUGUGAUGAUAGUGAAGAUUUUAUAGCGUUUAAGUAUUUCUUUAAUAAUAUAAUAUGUUUAUGUAAUGAUAAUUCAAAUACUGUAAAAAAGGAUAAUACAUCAAGUAAUAUUAAUGAAAUGAAUGAAGAGAUAAUUUAUCAUAUCGAUAAAUUAGAUAUAAAUAAUAAUUUUGAAAAUGUAAAUUCAAUAAUAAAAAUGGAAGAUUUAAAAAAGAAUAAUGUUAAAUUAAUUCCAAUAAAUGAAUCAUUUACACAUAUAUUAACAGCUUAUGUAAAAUUAAUUGACAAUAUGAAACUUAUCAUAUAUUUGCCUCAUUGGUUUAAUGAUUAUGAUUUACUUAAACAAGUCAAUACUUUUGUUACAGGUUCAGGUUUAAUACCUUAUAAUAUAAAUGAUUUAAUUAAUAAUUAUUCUGUUUAUUUAGAUAUUAUGAGUCCCAAAGAAAUGAAAAUUAUUAAAUACUUGAAGGAAAGAAAAACAUCUUCCUCUUCAGAAUAUUUAUGA